AGUUGCUCAAUAGACUUCCACCUUGAAAGUUCAAUGUCAGGCUCUUGCAACGGCAUCUUCUUUGGCGUGGAUUCUCAGUGAAGCAAGAAAACCAGUGGAUUUAGCAAUUGAAAGUGGGAUUUUAAUCCGCAAAAUCAAGAAAUAACCAACCAAGGAACAGAUAAACACAUGUGAAUUCUCUUUUAAAGUGUAACGUCUCUUUUUGUGGAUUUUUUUUCGGAGAAAUAAAAAAAAGUGUCAAUGGCGCGAGAUAGUUAAGUGACCAAUAUAAAAAAAAAUUAAGAAAGUUGAAAAGAUCACCCUCAAUUGGCGAUUUUUCAUUUCUGCAGAGGAACAAUGACUGUGGCAUCAUUUUCCAUUAUAAUUGCAUCUAUGACAAUUUUGGCUUUGGCUUCAAAUGAAAGUGCCCAACGCAUUUCAUCUGCUAAUCUUUCACCGUUGGCAUCAGGGCCCAGAAAUGCAUCCACGGUGAUUGAAAAUAAAUCUGUGAUUGAUCAUGCAUUCCACACGGUUCACAAGAGAUCACUUCGAAGGCAAUCUCAUCAUGUGAUUGUGGAACGUCGACCUCUCAGCAGAGGACCGCCACCGAGACGUCGACGUCGUCCUCCAAAGUUUCCUGGGAGUUUUCGUCCCAAAAGUCGCCCAAAACCCAUCUACGGACCACCAAAUUAUCCCCACGGGAAGCCAAUUGGAUACGUCCUGAUGAAUCAAAACAACGAAGUUAUCCAUCAGGGUCAGGACUAUGCAGAUCUCCCAUCGCACUUCUUUGACACUCGCAUCCCGGCUAAUUUCAUAAAUGACGGACCACCGCCACCUUACCAGGAAGAACCUGAAAUUAUCCCUUCAGUUGCCUUUGAAUCCCAUGCAUCCCAUCGUCCCAGUUUUAGCAAUCACGGACCUGCUCCAUCUCUGGCUUCUGAGGAAGUCAGCACAUGGACACAUUACGAGGAAAAACCCAAAGUCAGACGGAAGAAACCAUCAACAACUCCUGAACCUGCUCAGCCAUCUGAAUUCCCCCGAUACUCUUCCCAGUUGAAGCCACAACCGCCCAGCACGAGCUAUGGAGUCCCUGUAGCUCCAUUCUCAGUCUCCAACUUCAAUCCCUGGCUCAGUGGAUUCACAAAAACCAGCCAGGAAACCUCUUUCCACAAAACCCCAUCAUUCCCCACUCCAACACGCCAGAAAACACCUUCCCAGUCCCAACAGUAUUCCCACAGUUCCAGUUCCAACUAUCCCAGUCAAUUUGACCUGGAACAGGAUGAAGAGAAAAAUCUCUACGAGGGACAAGUAUCUUCCUACGAUGUUCCUCUGAACUAUGUCAGCACAGAACCCAAGCCAACAUUCAAGAAGAAACCAGUGACUUCCUAUAAAUUCCCAUCUGAGAAUUUUGAGUCAGAAUCCUUUGAGAAUAAUCCCUCAAGCAGCUUCCAAAGUUACCUUCCGCCCCAAUUGCCCGAAAGCUACAACGAAGAAGACUUUUCGGGUGCAACCAGAAAUCGACAUCAAGAGAAUCCUGCAGAUUACAGUGGAGAGUAUGUCAACUCUGAAGAGGCCCUGGAGCAACCUUUGACGUUUUCCUUCAAGAAACCUUCUGCAAAUCCCGUCACGCGGAAACCCGUGAAGGUUUUCCGGCAAACAACUUCAGCUCAAGAGGCUUUUGAGAACUUUGUUCGGGAACUUCGUCCCAGUCUUACUACCGCUUCGCCUCCUACAGCCCCAUCAACAAUGUACCUUCCUCAGCCUACCACGAGGCGUCCUCGAUUACCUACUGCAUCCCAGCGUCCUCGCCUCCGGCCCACAAUUACCCACAAUCUAGACACUGAUGAUCUCCGGGAGGCCUACAUUGAGAACAGUGGCAGCCAGGAAGACUACACCUAUGACCAUGAACCUGUGAACUUUGAAUCUAUGAGGUAUCAUCCCUCAUCCUCAGACUCUCGUCCAUCGGCCAGUGACAAGAAACCCCACAACUUUGUCCUGGUCUCAUCAGCCAAUCGAGAAAAACACCAUACGACCACCACAGAAAAUUAUCCCAGACAUCAUCCAGGCUUCCUGGCCAAACCAUCAAACAUCGACAUAAUCUCCAUCCAACCAUCCAAAUCAAAGAGUUACUACGCCGGCUCAACGACACCCUCAACCAGACCUCCAAGAACAAAUCACAGAGGAAGUCAUCGGCAAUACACAAAAUCCCAAAUCUCCCGCCAAGAUGACUUUUCCCUCCUCCACGGAGAAAACUACAACUCCAAUCCACCUAUAUCAUCACAAAAAUUCAAUCCUGCCCUCCACUUCACCAAAACCUUCUCCUCCAAAAUCACCCAGCCCUACCAUUCCAAUCACCGCUACCACCAGCAAGUCAUGUGGAAUGGCCAGGAGCUGCCCAAAAAUCACAAAAUAACCAAUCGUGAUACCUAAAAAUUCCUAAAAAUUCCUAAAAUCUUAUUCAAUAACUCCUAAGUGCAAUUUUGUGUGUGAAUGUUGAAAAAGGGAGAAAGUCCUAAAUUUUUUUGUAUUAGAAAUAAAUGUUUUGAAAUUAA